UAUAUAUCGUGCCAUCCACGUUACCAUGUUUAUAUAUUUGUAUUGAACCCUAAACAGAACCGAUUUAAGUAAAAGGGGCAUAUAACUCUAGAAAGAAAGAAUGAGGGAUUUUAAGAAGAAUCAGCCAUGGAUGAACAAGAAGAGAAGAAGACUAGAGAGAUCCAGAGAUGAUAGAUCACAACCAAACCAUAUUCCUCUUGAUCUAACCUUGGAGAUACUCUCAAGACUUCCUGCGAAAUCGAUCCUGAGAUAUCAAUGCGUCUCGAAGCUGUGGUCUUCUUCUAUCACUCUUCCUAGUUUUAUCAACUCGUUCAUGUCUCGGUCCACUUCACGAUCGCCAACUCUUCUUGUCACCUUCUCAUCAAGUUGGGGAGAUUAUGUUUUCUCGUUUCCUCAACACCAGAUUCCUGACGGAUCGACUUGUUCUUCAUUCUACAGUUAUCAAAUAACGAACACAGAUUGUGACUCUCCACGAUCCCAGAGCGUCCAGGGACUGAUUCUAUUACCCGUGUUAAAAAUUUGGAACCCAACCUUGAGACGGUUUUUAGCCUUACCACAUCCCGGUAAACACAUGUCGUCUCGAGACGGUUGGUCGUCUUAUUUAGGAUACGAUUCAUUGGAGGGUAAACACAAAGUACUUUGUGUAUUAACUAAUAAAUAUUCCGAUCAGCCUCAGGUUCUUACACUGGGAGCUCAAGAAUCAUGGAGAAUAAUAACCAAAGGACGUUGCCCUAUGCAUUCCCCAACUAGUGAAUAUGGGCGAUGCUUCAAUGGGAUUCUGUAUUAUACAGCUCGUCUUCGUGGUGCUGGUCAUGAUAUCAUAAUGAGCUUUGAUGUCAAAUCUGAAAAUUUCAAUAUUAUAAAAUUUCCGGAGGGUCGCUCUCGUAAGCUUCAUAUGAUACCUUAUGAAGGAAGGCUAGCCUUAGUUACUCAUGAUUAUCAUGUUGCUAAACUCUAUAGUUUGAAAGAUGCACAUGGACACGAAUGGACACGUGAAUGCUUUGUUCUUCAUUUACCAUGUGAGAACCUACAGAGGGAUUGUAUACGUUUCAGGGGCAUUACUGAUGCUGGUGAGUUUAUUUUUGCUCCAUGUCGUUUCAAAGAAGCCUUUUAUAUUUUAUAUUUAGAUCCGAGGAGAAGCAGUACUAGAGAAGUGUUUUUUGAAAGAAAUAUGGGUGAGUUUAGACGCCGUUGUGGACUUUCUAGCAGCCACACGCUCACUAUGGAUGUUUUCCCAAAUCACAUCGAGAGUCUCUUUUCUUUGUAGAGCCACCGCCUUCGGUUCUCAAUGUUACUUUGUUUUUUUGUAGAGCACCGUCUUAGGUGCUUAAUUAACGUUCUCCAGUGAUUCUCUUUAUGUUUUUGACUUUUUCGUGUGAUCUUUUCUGAGAACAUAUAUUGUGUACCUUGAUGUUCUCCAAUGUUACUCCAACAAUGCUUCAAUGAUUCUUAAGUUAUGUCCGUAUUGAGACUUA